GCGCAUCACGUCUACCAAUCAACACGAGGCGUUACGACUGCUAGCCGCACUCUCAGCCACUGAGAGCAGUCAAUGAAUAUUAAUGCAGCGGCUGCUCACUCUCCAGCGCUCAAAGUUAGUGGAUCACCAGUGGGAGGAUGUCUCCGUGACUGAACAUCACCUCCUCGUCUGGAUUAAGAUCCAUCGUUUGCGCCAAUUGCCACUUCAAAUCAGCGGUGUGAAGGACGGCGGUGUCAAAAACUGCACUCCAAAAUCUCGUUUUGGCUGAGGACGUGCCUUGCGCGUCACUUCACGGACUUUGCUAUUUCUUUUCCCGUUUUUCUUCUAAGAUGCCAAGACUUGGUCAAUCACCAGCAUCACCCUCAGCCCGCAUCACACCGGGCUGCUCGUUUGAAAGGACGCCCGACCGCAGCCUUUCUAAUCUGCAAAUUCAAUCCGAUAAAUUGUGACAAAGGCUGUCAGCGUCGCAAUAAGAAAUCAAUACCCGUGGCGUUCUUCUGGAAUUUAAACGAUCUCUUUUCCUCAAGAGAAGCUAGCGUGGAGCGCGCUGGCUCCUCGCAGUUUCAGAUGUUCGUAGCGUUGAUGGUGACAGAUUAUUGUUGUUGAGUGUCCAUGCGAGACUUGGGGUGGAAACAUGUCUGGCCACUUCUCUGAGGGGAUCGCCGCUAUCAGAGAUGGCAUUUUGGUCCAGCACUUCGGUUUUUACUUCUAAAGUGCCCCGGAAGAUCUUAUUCAUGUUCACCCUCUCCCUUUCUGUCACCUAUUUGUUUUAUAGCUUGAUGAGCUGUUACAACUCCUUCCAGUUCCAGGAGAACUACGUCUACCAGGGGAGGCUGGUGACCGACGAGACAACUUUUGUAACGCUGAGGGAAAAACUUUACUCGACCUCUCCCCAGGUCUACUUGGACGAGGAAUUAAUCGACAGGACCGCGACGGAGCAAACUAUCGCCGUCUCUAGCGUUAUAAAUAACGUGGGGUUCGAUGAGAGGACGGCAGGAUGGGUUCGACCUCAGGCGGCCACGGCGAGCAGCGUUUCGGGCGCCGCUGCUGCUGCUGCCGCCGCCGCCGCUGGUGAACGCGAGCAUCCGGAGUUCAGCACCACGGACAGCGACCUCGGGAGAGCGCUGAACUGCACAUCGGAUUACGGAGUGAAAAAAUUGCCCCAAGCCAUUAUAAUCGGAGUGAAGAAAGGGGGCACAAGGGCUCUGCUCGAAGCUUUGAGGGUACAUCCCGACGUUCGAGCCGUUGGGAACGAGCCUCACUUUUUUGAUAGGAACUACGAGAAGGGUCUGGAUUGGUACAGAGAGCUGAUGCCCUCCACGCUGGAAGGACAGAUCACGAUGGAGAAGACGCCCAGCUACUUCGUGACAAACAGCGCUCCCAAGCGAAUCCACAUGAUGGCGAGGGACAUUAAGCUAAUCAUAGUCGUACGCAAUCCGGUGACCAGAGCCAUUUCAGACUAUACUCAGACGCUGUCCAAGAGGCCUGAGAUUCCCACUUUCGAAGUCCUGGCCUUCAAGAAUCGAACGCUGGGGCUGAUUGAUGCGUCGUGGAGCGCGCUGAGAAUAGGGAUCUACGCGCUUCACCUGGAGAGCUGGAUGCAGUAUUUUCCCCUCUCACAGAUGCACUUCGUCAGCGGCGAGGGGCUUAUCGUUGAUCCAGCCGGCGAGAUGGCAAAGGUGCAGGAUUUCCUGGGACUCAAGCGCAUUGUUACCGACAAACAUUUCUAUUUUAAUAAAACCAAGGGAUUCCCUUGCCUGAAGAAGCCGGAGGACAGCAGCACGCCGCGGUGUCUGGGCAAAUCCAAGGGCAGAACUCACCCCAAAAUAGACCCGGACGUCAUCCGCAGACUGCACAAAUUCUACAAGCCCUUUAAUAUGAUGUUUUACCAAAUGACAGGGCAAAACUUUCAAUGGGAACUGGAGGAGGACGGCGCCUCGCCCGGCUCUCGGGACUGAAAGACUCCCCGCACCACCAGCCUUCUCGCAGCAGAAAUCAUUUCUUCAGAAUAUGCUUCAACACGUCAAUCAGUCAUGGCUGUCUUUGCAAAAAGUGUGUUUACCCAUAGCAAGAGUAAUAAUCUGCUCUGUCAACCCCCGAUACCAAUGGUGUUUAUGAUGGCAAACCUUAUUGUACAUAAUAUCAUAAAAUAUAUUUAUAUUUGUGAAGAGAAGAGGAUUUUAUUGGUUUUGUUUCGGAAAGAGUUGCCAUACCAAUUAUGUCUUCUGAGAGGAUGCAUGCGACGAGUUAAGUGUCCUUACCCACCAUCACCCUGAGGGUUUCAUUUUUUAAUCUUUACUCUAGCUCUCUUUCUCGCACACCAGCAGUGAGUGCAGUGCAAUUGAUUCAGAUAACCAAGGCCAUCUCUGAAGGUUCUAAACAACUACUAUCAAGUAGGAGUUAUUAAUACAGUUAUGAGAAUGUUUCAGCUUUCCCAGGUUUAUGUGCACAGCUUUCGUUUACGGCUACAAAAUCAUAUAUUUUAAAUUAGCUAAAGGAAAUGUUAUUCCAUGGUAUUCUUUAAUGUACCGUGAAGUGUGAAUAUCGUCAGUGUUGGGAAAGAGAAACUGUUGAUUCUGAAGUUUCAAGCUCAAAUUUAAGCAGUAAACUGUUAAAGGGACAGGUUAUCAAAAAUAAAAAUUAAUUUACUCAUCCUCAAGUUGUUCCGAACCUGCAUACAUGUCUUUGUUCUGUUGAACACAAAGAAAGAUAUUUAGAAGAAUGUUAGUAACUGAGAGUUCUGGGGCACCAUCGACUACCAUAGUAGGAAAGAAUCAAAAUGGUUGUGAAAUGUGCUCCAGAAUUGCUUUUCUAAAUUCUUCAAAUUACCUAAUUUUGUGUUCGACAGAACAAAAAUGAUACAAUAUUUCUUAUACUAUGGUAGUCACUGGUUAGCCCCUGCUAACAUUCUUCCAAAUAUCUUUCAACGUGUUCAAUGAACAAAGAAAUUUAUACAGAUUUGGAUCAACUUGAGAGUGAGUAAUUCAUGACAGAAUUUUCAUUUUUGGGCGAACUGUUCCUUUAAAGCCCCAAUGUCAUCACAAGUGUAGCAUACAGUAUGCUACUAUACUGUGUGUACUUUUUAAGGUACACUAGCCAUCACUGGUGUGGUACCCUUCAGGAUUUCUUUUUGUACCUCUACAGGUAUACAAAAACAUAACAUUUUGUACCUUUUGGGUACAUAAUUAUGCCCCAAAGACCUGUUGUGUACCUUUAAAGGUAAAUGUUUUGUUUCCCUAGGAACAGAAGUGUACCUUCACAGUACCUUUUUUCUGACAUUGUAAUUGACUAGCAAGUCAUACAUCAAUAUUCAGUACUGUCACAUAAAAAACACUUUUGGUUUCGAAGGGAUCAAGCCAUUUCAAUCUUUAAGCUUUAAAUUUUUAUUUAUACAGUUAUUUACAAAAUAUUACAUUUUAUUUAAUUAAUAUAAAUUAUGUUCUAAUGUAGUUGUGCUAUCAUUACAAUACAGUUUAGCUUCCCAACACUUGUAAUCAUUCAGUACCAUGGUAUACAGUAUAUCAAAGAUAUCAUGGUAAAACCGUAAACGAUACCAUAUGCGAGCAUUUUAAGCAGAAAUCACGUUCUUUAAUAUCAAAGGCUUUAGUGUUCUUAGAAGUUUUGACACUGUGGAACAUUGUGAAUCAUUAAUCACUUUGUGAACCAUGUUUUGUUAUAAACAGCUUUUUCUGCUUGAGAUUAAUCCCAUAACUUAUGUGAGUUGAUCACACCAACAAAAACUGUCAUUAUCACACCGAAGGAUAUGUCUCAAAAACACUGCACAUAUGCUUGAUUCCUGGGUUUAAACCGCCACAUUGUUUUCAAAUGCAGCUGCUUCAGUAGUGAUAGAGAAACAUGAUAAUGAGUCUAGCAGCAAUACUGGUGGAGUGAUCAGCAGGGAGUUACCAAACAUCUGCUAUAACAAAGUCCUCUGUCAUUACACACAAAUGGGACAUUAAAAGAGGUGCCUGUGAAAUUCAUAAAGAACGGGAGGUUUUCCGUCCUGCAACUUAGUUGACGGACACAUCACUUUAAAGAGCGGCUUUGUAAAAAUGACUGGUUGGUUGAUAUCACUGCAUUGCUGAUUUUGUUGUUAGAUGUUUUUUCUUUACCAAAAAGCCGCAUCUGUUGCAUAUCACGUGAAUUGGAAAGCCAAAUGUUGUGCUGUGUAAAUCUGGCAAUCUCAUAAAUCCUGACCAUUCAUAAAUCUCAGAUGGUGUUGUCAUAAAGUUAAAUGUCAUGGAAAGCACUACUGCACAUCAUUUUCAUGCCUAAAACUGCACACUGUACACUUGUUUAUUUGGGAAAAUGAGAGAGUUAAUUUAACCAUGUUAUGUUAUCUGCUAAUUUAAACUAUGCUGUAUGACUCCAAGUCUCAGCUGAAUAGAGCAUUACAUGAGCAGCAAGCCGUGAUUAAAAACAACAACACGUUGUAUAAUUUUAAGGAAACAGUAAUUACGUUUGUGCUAUGACAUUUAAAGUAAACCGUCAAAAAGCCUCCAUAAAAUGAGACAAGACGGGUCUCAUUGGCCUUUCCUUUAAAAUGUAUUCUCUAAACAGAAAAUAAGGAAUCUUUAUUAAACAUAAUAAUUCAUAAUUGAUUCCAAAAUGAAAUAACUCUGAUUCUAAAAUCAUUUUUUUAUUACGUUAUCAUGUUUUUAUCGUGUUUUAUUGGGUUAGUUAGCUGUAUUUUUUUGUUAUUAUGGCGUAUAUCAAAAUCAACCAACUGCAGUUUGAUUUACGUAUAUCAAUUUGAAUGCAUAAUAAAAAAAAUGUUUUUUAAAAAUGGAGUUAUCACAUUUUGGAACCAAACUCUUCAAAUAUUCUUUAUUAAAUAUG